CUCUUCUCUUUAUUGCCUCCUUGUUCUUGAUGUCCAAAGAUAAAAUGAACAACCCUAAACUCAAUCACAUAUCGGGUUCUAUCUUCUAAACAAAAGAUUAUAUUUUCACUAAAAAUUAGCAAAAGUGGAUCCUCGAGUCUAUGAGAAGAUGCCCUUUGGAGGUGAUGAACCUGAAGAAAAGGAAGAAGCCGAGGAAGAUGAGAACUUGUUCCCGGUCUUCUCGGCCCGAUCUCAACACGACAUGCGUGUUAUGGUCUCGGCUUUGACUCAAGUAAUCGGAAACCAACAGAGCAUCUCUCACGAUAGUCCUUCUGUGUAUAAUCCACAAGACCCUAGUCAGCCAGUUGCUCCAUCUCAUCAAGAUCAAGGAAACUCGAUGAGGAGGAGACGUUAUAGAGGCGUGAGGCAAAGGCCAUGGGGGAAAUGGGCAGCUGAAAUACGGGAUCCACAAAAAGCUGCACGUGUGUGGCUUGGGACAUUUGAAACCGCUGAAUCCGCAGCCUUAGCUUAUGAUGAAGCUGCUCUUAAGUUCAAAGGAAGCAAAGCCAAACUCAAUUUCCCGGAGAGGGUUAACGUUGCCUAUAAUGAUCAGUUAUCAAACUCUAAUUAUUACUCCUCCAAUCAAAUCGAGCCAAAAAAUAUACCAUACUAUAACCAAUAUUAUCAAGAUGGGAAUAAUACUGAUAUGCUAAGCUUUAGUUUAACAACUAGUACUACUGCCGCAACAACUUCUUCGUCUUCUGGUGGCUCUUCUAGGCCACAAGAAGAGCAAGAUUAUGCCAGAUUUUGGCGGUUCGGGGAUUCUUCUUCCUCUUCUCAAUCGGGUUUGUGAGAUGAUAUAUAUAUAUAUAUAUAUAUAUAUAUAUAUAUAUAUAUAUAUAUAUAUAUGUAAGAGAUUUGGGUUGCUUGUGAUGAAGAGAUGAUAUGUUCCUUGACUGUUUCUGAUGUUUUGUCUCUUAUUUUAUAGUUCGUUAAGGUUACCUGAAAGUGCAAGUUCACUAGAGAUCGUUAGCUUAAUUGGAAAGAACCAUGGUUAUUGUAUCAGAAGUCUCCGGUUUAAGUGACUGCUGAGAUAAAACAGAUAUUAAAUGUAGUUUCAGGUCCGAGGAAUUAUGGGUUUCGAACCUCCUAGUAUUCAAAAAGAAAAAGUGUAAGUUUAUAAUAUAUAUUAAUUUGUUAUAUGAGCUACAACACCUUAUUUACCUUAGUUACUAGAGGGUUGUUCGCGCUCCGCGCAGAAUAUUAUUUUAUUAUUUUUAAAUAUUAAAUAUGAUUUUCUGAUGA